AUGUGCUUUACUUUUGUGUGGGCUGGAUGGGAAGGUGCUGCUCACGAUGCACGAAUAUUCAUGGAAGCCUUAAGAAGACCAAUUUUAAAGUUUCCUCAUCCACCUACAGGUAAAUAUUAUCUAGUGGAUGCAGGCUAUCCACAAAUCAAAGGAUAUUUAGGGCCAUAUAGGGGUGAGCGAUAUCAUCUUCCUGAUUUUCGACGUGGAAGUCAACCAAGAGGGAAGAAAGAAAUAUUUAACCACAGGCAUUCUUCCCUAAGAUGCACAAUCGAAAGAACUUUUGGUGUUUGGAAAAAUCGUUGGAGAAUGAUAAGACAAAUGCAUAACUUUCCUAUGGAAAAACAAAUACAAAUAGUUGUUGCUUCAAUGGCUCUUCACAACUUUAUAAGAUGUCAUUCCAUGACAGAUCAAGAAUUCCAACCGUAUGAUGAUGAUGAUGAGCUACUUCCCUCUGGCGGGGCGGGAGUUACUAUAGGGGAAGAGAUGGUUGAAGAACAAAAUCUAACCCAUGGGCAUGAGAUGGCUGACGAACGUGAGAGAAUUGCAAAUCUUCUUAUGUCUGGUUAA